AUGUCGUCUUCGCCAACGACAACGGCUGCGGCCGUCACGAGUGCCCAUCCCCAAGGAGGCAUCAUCGAAGGCCUCAACCCAAUUGUGUACAACCCCAAAGACCCCAUCACGCUCUUCAUUGUCCAAGCUUUCGUUAUCAUCUUCUUCUGUCGUCUUCUUCAAUGGCCUCUCUCCAAAUUCGGCCAACCGCGCGUCAUCGCAGAAGUCAUUGGAGGCAUUGUCCUCGGUCCUUCCGUCAUGAUGCGCAUCCCCGGCUUCAAGGAGAACAUCUUCCCUACUGAGUCAAUGCCUGUUCUGUCCAAUGUUGCUACAAUUGGUCUCUUGCUCUUCUUGUUUCUUGUUGGCCUCGAAGUUGAUACACGCAUGUUCAAGUCCAAUUGGCGUGUCGCUGUUAGUGUUGGUCUUGCUAGCAUGGUGCUUCCUUUUGGUCUCGGUGUCGCUGUUGCUUGGGGUCUAUACGAAGAAUACGGAAGUGAGGGAACUAUGAAGGAUAUGGAGUUUGGCACCUUUGCGCUCUUCAUUGGAACUGCGCUAGCCAUUACUGCUUUCCCUGUUCUUUGUCGUAUUCUCUCUGAGCUUCAGCUUCUCAGCACGUCUGUCGGUGUCACAGUCCUUGCUGCUGGUAUCGGAAACGAUGUUGUCGGUUGGGUUCUACUCGCUCUCAGUGUCGCUCUGGUCAACAAUGCCAACGGCCUCACAGCGCUGUAUGUAUUCUUGACUGCAGUCGCAUGGGUCCUUUUCCUUGUUUACGCAGUGCGCCCCGUCUUUCUCUGGGUAUUGCGCCGAACGGACAGUAUCCAGAACGGCCCAUCGCAAGGCAUCACUACCUUGACUCUGCUUCUAGUCCUGGCUUCUUCUUGGUUCACUGCCGCCAUCGGUGUUCACGCUAUUUUUGGUGCCUUCCUCAUUGGUCUUAUAUGUCCUCACGAUGGUGGUUUUGCCAUCAAACUGACUGAAAAGAUUGAGGAUCUCGUGGGAUCAAUUCUCUUGCCUCUCUACUUUGCACUCUCUGGCCUCAACACCAAUCUGGGUCUGCUUGAUGAUGGCACUAGUUGGGGAUACGUCGUUGCAAUUAUUGCGUGCGCUUUCUUUGGCAAGAUCAUUGCCGGUACCCUUGCCGCACGCUUGACCAAGUGUCUCUGGCGAGAGAGUUUCACCAUUGGUGCCCUCAUGAGUUGUAAGGGUCUUGUCGAGCUGAUUGUCUUGAACAUCGGUCUUCAAGCUGGCAUUCUUUCGCCCCGAACCUUCACAAUGUUCGUUGUCAUGGCAGUGGUCACCACCGUCACAACAUCGCCGCUCACCAGAUGGCUCUACCCUCUCUCGUACCGCCUCAAGGUCGAGAAGUGGCGCCGAGGAGAGAUCGACUGGGAUGGUAACCCUCUUCAAACCGAGGCUCAGAGUUCUGAACACAAGAUGGAAGAGGCUCUUGAUAAGUCUCAGACCAACCGUCUCAUCCUUCACCUCCGCCUUGAUGCCCUUCCUGGUCUGUUCAACCUUGUUUCACUUCUUGGUGGAUCCCGAAAACAAACUGUUCCUGCCAUCACUCCCACAACCAACGAUGCCAGCGCAGAUGCUACUCCUGCUGAGGAAAAGACUCAGGUCAUUCCCAGCCGUCCGUUCGAGGUUCGUGGUGUUCGGCUUAUGGAGCUGACCGAUCGUACUUCGUCCGUUAUGCAAUCUGCCGAACUCGAUGAGUUCGCCUCUCGUGACGCCGUCUUCUCCGCUUUCCAGACUUUCUCUCGUCUCAACGGUGUCGCUGUAGCUGGCCAAGUAUCCAUCAUCCCAACCAACGCCUACGCCGAAACUAUUGUCAAGUUUGCCGAAGAAGCCAGAUCUGACUUCAUGAUCAUUCCUUGGAGCACAUAUGGUGGUAUCGCUGAGGAAAGCUCCACUGCCGCCUUGAUCGAGACUGGCAACAUCAACGAUCGUUUCUUUAGUAGAACUUACAUCGAUUAUGUCCAGAACGCUAUCGAGCGAUCAACUUGCACCACCGGCAUUUUCAUCAACAGAGUUCCCCACGAUGUUUUAAACAGAACGCCCACCCUCACACGAACUCGCACCGGUCUGUCUGUUCACAGCGCCCAUGACGGCGCAGUCGUUCAAAGGCCUGUUGAUCAGCGCCAGAUCAUCUUCGUGCCCUUUAUUGGUGGCAAGGAUGAUCGUGCCGCCCUGCUCUUUGCUCUUCAGCUAGCCCACAACCCCCACGUCUCCAUUCACGUUGUCCACCUGCACUUUAGCGAAGACGAUCACGAAGCACUCAAUGCAUCGCCCGACAGCGAUCCUUCCACGGGUAACGACCUUGGAAAGAACGCAGUUGGCUUCCCAUCUGCUAGUGACAUGGACCUCUUGAACACCGCAAAGAACAACGCGGCUGGUAAACUCGAAGGCCGCGUCACAUUCGUCGAGAUCCCUGUUGAUUCAGUCCGCAACCUGCCUGAUCUCGCUGUAGCUCACGCCCGUGAACUCGUCGGCAAGUCCCGCUACAGCGUCGGCGAUUUAAUCAUCUCCGGCCGUUCGCACCCACUGUUUGACAACCUUCUUGUGGAGGACUUUGGAGUGGAGAGAGACUUCCAGCGCACAAUUGGUGUGCUUGGAGAUAGGUUUGCUAGAGCAGGCGUCGAUGCUGGGCUGUUGGUCAUUGAUGACAAGCAAAGCAAGGCGUAA